UGGAGCCGGUAGCGGCGCUCUAUGAUUGGCCUGUCUGGGCGGCUGCGCACCGACGGCCUGUGGAGCGCUGUCUUCCAGCUGGAGAACCGCAGGUAGCCGGGCACCAUGUUCCGCAGGAAGCUGCAGUCUCUGGACUACCACAACCCCACCGGCUUCAACUGUAAAGACGAUACAGAGUUCCGAAACUUUAUCGUUUGGUUAGAAGAUCAGAAAAUCAGACAUUACAAAAUUGAAGAUCGGGGGAAUUUAAGAAAUAUACACAACAGCGAGUGGCCCAACCAGUACGAAAAGUACCUGAAAGAUGUCUCGUGCCCCUUCAGUGUACCGGAGCGUCAGGAAGCAAUAGACUGGCUUCUGGGUCUUGCGGUACGCCUCGAGUAUGGUGAUAACGCUGCUAAAUACCAGGAUGCAAAGCCACUGAACACGGAGGCCACAAAGAGUGUGGAGCCAUUAAUAAACCUGGAUGUGAACAACCCAGAUUUCAAAGCUGGAGUGAUGGCCUUAGCGAACCUCCUGCAGAUCCAGAGACAUGAUGAUUAUCUGGUGAUGCUUAAAGCAAUACGAAUUCUCGUCCAAGAACGACUGUCUCCAGAAGCCAUUGCAAAAUCCAACAGUUCGAAAGAGGGUCUUCCUGUCGCCCUGGAUAAACACACACUUGGAUUUGAUACUGGAGAUGCCGUAUUAAACGAUGCCGCCAGAAUCCUGAGAUUACUUCAUGUUGAAGAACUCCGAGAACUUCAGACCAAGAUCAACGAAGCGAUUGUAGCUGUUCAGGCAAUUAUUGCCGAUCCCAAGACUGACCACAGACUGGGCAAAGUGGGCAGAUGAGAGCCAAUUAUUGCCUCCCGCCGCCCUCGUACCUUCAUCCAGGAAACGGCCAGCAUGCGGCUCCGAGCUCCUCCCCUUGUAUAGUUGUAACAAGGUAAAAUAAAAAAUCUUCCUGUUUGUUUCACA